UUUCUUUACGGUGGACUGUCAAACUACUCCGUUGUAAUUAGGCUCCGUUGUAAUUAGGCUAUAGCUGCCCAGCCCAGGCGACAGACUGAACGUCGCGUCUUACGAUGGCGAACAAUCAGGAGCACGGCGAGGCUGCUUCUUACUACUACAAUACACAACAGCCGCCCAAUCAGUACCAGCAGCCUCAAUAUGCUCAGCAGGGUCCCCCAGCUCCGGGUCCGAACCCGACGAAUGGCUACGGUAACGAGAAGCCCAUGUUCGACCAAGCCUUCAAGCUUGAGCGUCCCAAGUACAAUGAUAUUUGGGCUGGCAUUCUCUUCCUCAUUGUUGUCGCGGGUUAUGUUGCUGUCUCCGGGAUUUCCAUCAAUGGCUACGCUUCCUCGAAACGCUUCCAAGGCGAUGGCAUCUAUGACUCUGGAUCGAACGUCGGUCUUAAUACGAAUACGCUUAUUCUGUUUGUCUUUUGCCUUUGUGUCGCCACCGUAUUUAGUUACCUAUACGUCCUACUCGCCCGCCAAUUCCCCAAGCAGUUCAUCUGGAUAACUGGCAUUCUCAAUAUUGUCUUCGGCCUCGUGACUGCUAUAUAUAUGCUUUCCCGGCACUACUACUCCGGUGGCAUAGUAUAUCUGAUCUUCGUAGCCUUCCUCAUCUUCGCCUUUAUCUCUUGGAUUCCGCGCAUUCCCUUCAGCGCUCUUAUGCUCAAGACAGCUGUUGAUGUCUCCAAAAGUUACGGCCAUGUUUAUCUGGUUAGCGCACUGGGUGGUCUUUGCGGAACUGCUCUUGCUGCAUGGUACUCUGUGACCUUCGUCGCCGUGUAUGCGAAAUUCUCGCCCGGCCAAAACCCUGCUUGCGCAGAGGGAGCCGGCGGCUGCAGCUCCGCUAAGGUUACCGGCUUGCUUGUUUUUAUUACGUUUGCAAUGUACUGGAUUUCGGAGUGGCUGAAAAAUACCAUUCAUACCACCAUCUCGGGCGUUUACGGUUCUUGGUACUUUCACCCGUACAACCUUCCUAAAGGCGCAACCCGAGGCAGUCUUAAACGCGCACUUACGUAUAGCUUCGGUUCCAUAUCCCUGGGUUCCUUGCUCGUUGCUAUCAUCAAUUUUCUGAGACAGCUUUGCUCUGUUGCUCGACAUAAUGAGGCCGCCCAAGGCAACAUUCUUGGAACUAUCAUGUUCUGUAUUCUUGGGUGUAUUAUUGGGAUCCUUGAUUGGGCGGUUCAGUUCCUCAAUCGCUAUGCCUUUUCUUAUAUUGCCUUGUACGGGAAGUCUUACUUCGCCGCUGCCAAAGACACAUGGAGCAUGAUUAAGCAGCGCGGCAUCGAUGCUCUUAUCAAUGAAUGUCUCAUCGGUCCUGUCCUUUCGAUGGGCGCGACAUUUGUAGGCUAUGCGACCAGCUUGCUCGCUUAUCUAUAUCUUUUAUUCACGCAUCCAUCAUACAAUGCUGACGGCUCAUAUACACCUGUUGUGGUGGCUUUUGCGUUCCUCAUCGGUUUGCAGAUCUGCAACAUCUUCACCACGCCGAUCAGCAGCGGCAUUGAUACGAUAUUCGUGGCGACCGCGUGGGAGCCACAAGUGUUGAUGCAGAAUCAUCCCGAGCUGUAUCAGUCGAUGGUCCAAGUCUAUCCUCAGGUCCAAAUAGCCAUUCACGCUUAAGUGGUAGGAUCGUGUAUUAAUAGUAAUUGUAUAGUUUUAUUUUAAGAGAGCAUGAAAAUUGAGAGUUUUUGAAUUCGUUAUAAUGUUCUGGUUUUUGCGUUGGCAUCGGUUAAGACGCUCUUUCGGCUCAGCGUACGUACUGAUUAUAGAACAUCGAUAUUUGGUGGGGGCUUUAAGGCAAGUUGUGAUACGAAUUAAACUAAUCAAGCUACUUAAAACUUAUAUCUUCGUGAUUUAUUACUCU